CAUUAUCCCUACAUUAGUCAAUAAUAUUUAGCUCUCCUCUCUUUCUUUCUUCUUUCCAUAAUCUUGCCUUCUCCCAUUUCCAUUCUUUAUAUAAACAUCUUUAAAAACACCAUUUUUCUCUGUUUCUGCUACUUCUCACAAACAGAAACCAGCAAAAGGCAAAAAAAUGGAAGUUAUGGUUCCAUUUAACGACAUGGAUAAUUUCGAUUUCAAUAGUGCAAGAUCAUCCCCAUUUACUAGUCCACCAUUAACACCAAAGCCCUUUAAUGGGGAUUUUUACUUCAGUGCUCCUCCCAGCCCUACUCAUCUCUCCCAUUUUUAUCGCGAAUAUGAAAGUUUAUUCGUUGCUGAUGAUGCUGAUGAUAAGGCUGAAAUUACUAGCCAUGUUGAUGAAUUUGCUUUCGAUGUUAGCCAAGAAUUGGGUAUUGGCUCUGUUUCAGCUGAAGAAUUGUUUGAUGGUGGCAUGAUCAAACCAUCCCCUGUUUUACAAACUCAAAAGAAAAACAGAGUAGGAUUUUCUCCGAAAAACAAAAAAGUUCAAGAAACAGAGUAUUCAAGAAAAAGUAGUACAAAAGAAAGAGAAAGCAGGGGAAAACAGAGAGUUUCAUCGAAUGGGUUGUCGAAUUCGUCAAGUAGAAGAUCAGCAAGGUCACUUUCACCAAUGAGAAUUUCACAAUAUCCUUGGGAUGACGAAGAAGACGGAGAAAUUAAAAAGCAAUCAUCAAAAUCUAAUUCUUCAAUGUGUUCAAUUUUGUCUUCAUCAUCAUCUAAAGGUAGCAAAAAAUGGAGAUUCAAAGAUUUUUUCUUGUUCAGGAGUGCAUCAGAAGGGAGAGCAUCAGAUAAAGAUCCAUUGAAGAAAUAUACAGCUGCAGGUUACAGAGAAGGGAAAAAUGCGAGCUUAAAGGGAAAUGAAAGCUCUGUUUCUUCUCCAUCAUCAUCUAAAUCAUCAAUUGUUGCAGCAAGAACAAAAAAGGGAAAAGUUUCAGCUCAUGAAUUGCAUUACACAGUAAACAGAGCACUUUCAUCAGAUUUGAAAAAGAAGACUUUUUUGCCAUAUAAACAGGGGAUUUUGGGGCAACUGGCUUUUAAUCCCGCAGUUCAUGCAUUGGCUAAUGGCUUCGGAUUAUCACGAAAAAAAUAAAUAUUUCGUUCACCUCCCUUUGUUAUUAAUUCCAUUUGUUCUUUUUUUUUUUUUUUUUUUUUUUGUAUAGACAAUAUUUGUCUCCUUUUUUUCCUUCUUGUUUAUGUAAUGUUAGUUAUUUUGUUUAUGAGGUAAAGGAGUGGCUAUUGUCAAAAAAAAGUAGUGACACAUAUCCAUAUUCCAAUGUAAGUUUUACUUUUUGUAAGCUGGAUUACAUGAAUAAUUCCUUUUUCAUAAAGGAUUUAACUUUAAUAUAUAUACACUAAU